GUACAGCAGCCCACGGCAGCAAUCGCUGAUCGGUGAGAAGAGUGAAAACGAUACGUGCUUUCCCGUCAGAGUCUCCAAAAGUGUCCAAUAACCCCAGAAAAAGUCGCUAGAUUUGUCGCUAGUCGCUUUUUUGAAAACGAGUCGCUAGAGGAGUCUAAGAACUAAGACAAAGUCCCUAAGUUAGUAACACUGCAAUAAAGCACCCUGUUAUUCCAGUCUGUUCACGUGUUCGAAUCACAUGACAGAACACUUCCUUGUAAUCAAGUCAGAAACGCCCAACACUUCCUUAAAAUCAUGUGUAAUAACGAAAGUUAAUAUUUAUACUGGGAGUGUGAGCGUUGUUAGUCAUUUAAGGAAUAGGGAAUAAAUCGUUGAAUAGAAUCAUUAAUGACUGAACUUGAGAAUGGGUAAUCAACAAAGUCUUCUGACAGAGAAGGGCUACUCUUUACUGCAAGAGACUGAAAACGAAAGUACUGGGAAAGCAGCUCUGGUGAAUAAAGAUGGCAAUAAAUACAUCAUCAGAACUAUUAACAUGACAAAUAUGGAUGAUGAAAUCAAGCAGAGAACACAGAGGGAAGUGGCCAGUCUGGCAGACAUGGACCAUCCUCACAUUGUCCGCUAUGUGGAGUCCUUUACUGACGAGAACAGCAGCUGCAACAUAGCAAUGGAUUAUUGUGAAGGGGGAGAUCUCUCUGAAAAGAUUAAGUCCAAAAAAACAGAAGGCACUCCAUUCUCAGAAGACCAGAUCCUGGACUGGUUUGUGCAGAUUUGCUUGGCCCUGAAACAUGUGCAUGACAGGAGUAUUGUACACAGAGACAUAAAGCCUCAGUGUCUCUUUUUGACCGAAGAAGAAACCAUCAAGCUGGGAGACUUUGGAGUUUCAAAAAUCCUAAGCAGGAAAGAUGAAUAUGCAAAAACCAAGUUAGGAAUGCCUAUUUAUAUCGCUCCGGAGGUAUGGAAAGACAAAUGUUUUGACAACAAAAGUGAUAUCUGGGCUUUGGGCUGUGUGCUGUAUGAACUCUGCACACUUGAAUUUGCUUUUUCACACCAGGAACAAUUCUUCAUGUACGAGUUAUGGAGCAAGCCAUCUCCACAUCUUUCUGAGAAUUUCUCAGCUGAGCUGCGCCAUCUGGUGGAUGAACUCCUUCAUAAGGACCCGGCACGCAGACCCACCAUUGACGGCAUACUAAAGAAAGAAUUCUUAGUUAAACAGAUACCCAGGCAACUCUUAUUAAUGGAAGAAGUCUUAGUGGUUCCUGCACCUUUUCCAUUAAACGAACCAGGAAUUUAUGACUGGAAUAAUCAGGAAGUGCCCCGUGACUCUGACCAGGAUCGGCGUUUGGAGGAAGGAUGUAUGGACAAUCAGGAAAUGCCCGUGGAAAGGAAUCGGAGAUUUUUGAUCUCUCAGGUCAACCAAGAUAUUGAAGCAUUUAAAAAACUCUAUGACCGAGAUGUUGCUGACAUCCAGAAUGUAGUGAAGAAGCUAGAGACGACUGCAGAUGGUCUGGAACGUGUCCACUUCGGUACCACCGUAGGGAGCCUAACAGGGGGGGUGGUAGGUGCUGCAGGGGGGGUCACCUCCGUAGUUGGACUCAUUCUUGCACCCUUCACUUUGGGAGCCUCUCUGAUUGUCACUGGUGUGGGGAUUGGUGUUGCUGUAGCUGGGGGGGUCACUAGCGCCGUCUCCAAUAUCACCAACAUGGUGAACCAGUCAAUGGACCGUAAGACUACUGAGGCGAUCGUUAGUGAAUAUCGGGAGAAAAUGGAACCCAUCCUAAUGAGUGUGGAAGGCAUCAGAACCGGCAUUGAAAAUUUAAAGGAGAAUGAGAGCUGCACAAAUAUUGCUAAUUUGGCACAGACUGCAUCGAGAGCAGGGAGGGGCCUGGGUGGCAUUGCAGAGCUUGUCCGUCUGACGCAGGUGAUUAACGUCGGUAAGGUGGCUGCUCAAGCGGCCAGAGCUGUACGGGUGGCAGAGGCCUUCACAGCGGUGCUGUCUGGUCUCUUCAUUGCCCUCGAUGUCUAUUUCAUUGUUACGGAUGCCAAAGAGAUCCACAACAUAAGGAAAAGAUCUCAAAAGCAAGAUGAAAUAAAAUCAGCCACAAUGAAGCUUGUAGCUAAUAUCAGGGAGAUGGUUUCUAGCUUUAAGGAGAAUUUAGAUGUGUUGGAAAGUACAAGGGAGGAACUGAUGACUGAAGGGUAGACUGUGAACUAUUUAUGUCCUUUCAGAUUGACCAGUUUUAUAUGGCAUUCUUCUAUGUACGUCAUGUAAACUAAUGCAAUAUAUAACGCAUUUUACUAAUAGUUUGACUACUUCCUGUAAGGAACUAAGGAUGCCCCAAUGUUCCUGGUUGGUAAUUUAUAUACAGGCAGCAAACUUUGGUCAUGAGAAAGGCAUGGAGGCCCCAUUUGACAUCAUUAGGGUGAUAUGGAAGUAAAUGACCAGAGAAGUGAUGGAGUUACCAUGUGCUCUCAUGGGACGCCUCCAUCCCGCCCUGCCUCGUCCCUGUAUCAGCCUUGUCAUGCUCCAGGAGGCCAGUAAUGCAGAUGCAAAUUUACUGAUCACACCUAUACACAAUAGCUGGUAAGGGGCAGUGCUAUUGUAGUUCGGGAUCAUUUUCAAUUUUCAAAUUUUGAAAUCCAGUUUAGUUUUAGUUACUUUUCAGUGAGGUUUUGUUAGUUUUUAUUUUAAAUAUAUAUUUCUAUUUAAUUUUUCUAUAUUUUUAUUAUAGUUUACAGUAACUAUGGAUAUAUUUAGCAUUGUCAAGUUAUUUUAUGUUUCUGAUCAUUAUCAUAAUCAUAGAUAAACAUGAUUACACAUACUGUAGCAAAUAAUGUAGUAAUGUCCUCAAAAUGGGUAAACCAUUUUCCAGGUAUUGUUAAUGGUAAUUACAGAUAAAUCAUUACUUUAACUUGAGUUAAAAAUAGUUGUGGAAUCAGUUGUUUUAUAGUUUUCAUUUAGUUGUAGUUUAUUUUAUUCUUAUAUCUUAUGUCAGUUUAUGAAAUUGUUUUCUUGUAAUUUUCUUAUUGGGUUUUCUUUAACAAUAAUAUCCCCAGUUAGGGAGUUUUUUGGAGUAUAAAAAGGGGUAAAGAACUGUCCUUACUUUGUAUUUGGGCUGCCUUUCAAUACCCAUUGUAUGAAUGAAUGAAUCAUCACAUGUCUGUUCUGUAUUACACAAAUUAUAUCAAUAAAUCAUAACUUUGCUAAAACUA